CACAGCCGCACUCCAAUGCAGCGCAGGCCCUGCCUCCCACCCAAACCACGUACAGUGGAAAGAAAAGUGGAGCAGGAUCCAGUGGAGGUGUUCUGCUGCAUCCGCCCUGCAGAAAUACCAGGGCAGGAGGAGUGUAUUGCAGAGGUGGAUAGUCGCACAGUGAAGCUUACACCACCAAACUCCUCCUUUGCAUAUCGCAAUGGCAGUGCCAAGGAACAGUUGUACAAAUUUGAGAGAGUUUUCGGUCCUAGUUCUUCCCAGAAGGAACUUUUCUCACAGGUUGCCAUGCCUCCUGUGUCAGACCUUGUCAAUGGAAGAAAUGGCCUCCUCUUUGCUUAUGGUGUUACUGGCUCAGGAAAGACUUACACCAUGCAGGGCACACCACAGGAUGGGGGCAUCAUCUGCCGCACACUGGAUGUACUGUUCAACUCAAUUCAGGACUACCAGGCAAGCCGCUUUACCUUCCGCCCUGAUGGAAUGAAUGGCUUUGACACUCAAAGUGAGGUGGAGGCACAGAAUGACCGGCGGAAGGCAGCAGCCACACCACGGCUGCGACCCAUGGCAGGUGGAAGAACCACUAGGGGGAGGAAGGAUCCCCCAGGCUCCCAAGACAGCUCUCAGCGUAUUCCUGAUACUUCUUGCAUUAAUAGUGUGGAUGAAGAUAAUGUGUAUUCCGUAUUCAUCUUCUACAUUGAAAUAUACAACAACUACCUGUAUGACUUAUUAGAAGAGCUACCCGAGACUGGGCCCUCUAGGGGCCUACAGACAAAGAUCAUCCGUGAAGAUGCACAACACAACAUGUAUGUCCAUGCAUGCACUGAAGUGGAGGUGAAGAGUCCUGAGGAUGGCCUGGAGGUGCUGUACCGUGGCCUCAAGCGGAGGAAGAUUGCCUCAACACGUCUCAACUGAGAGUCAUCACGCUCACACUCCAUCUUCACUAUCAGGCUGUUACAGGCACCCCUUGAUGCACAGGGAGAGGAUGUGGUGACAGACAAGAGUGCCAUUGUAGUAUCACAACUAUCCCUGGUGGAUUUGGCUGGUUCAGAGCGGAAUUUGCGUACCAAGGCAGCUGGUGAUAGAAUCAAGGAGGCAGGUAAUAUCAACAACUCACUGAUGAACCUGCGCAUCUGUAUUGAGAUCUUGCGUGAGAAUCAGGAGACAGGUGGCAACAAGAAGAUACCUUACCGAGACUCAAAGCUUACCCACUACUUCAAAAACUUCUUUGAUGGAGAUGGCAAAGUGCGCAUGGUCGUGUGUGUCAAUCCCAGAUCUGAUGACUAUGAUGAGACACUGACAGUGAUGAAGUUUGCUGAGCUUGCAUCAGAGGUACAAAUCCAAAGGUCACAGCCAGCACGGCGUGACCUUGGGUUGCCACCAGGCCGACGCCGUGCCAACCAGCUGUUUAAGGAGGUGCGCAAGAAGCUGGAGGAUGAGGUGGAGGGUGCCGGUGUGGCUCUGGAAGUUGACCUUGCUCCAAUCUACUCGCUGGCCCCUGAUUGGCCUGUGCUUACCUCCUCUACCCCUGGAGGAUUGGAGGAGGUGAUCAGUCGCCUCAAGGCUCACCUCAGGAAGAGAUUGCAGAGCAGGGAACGCCUGGAAAAGAAUUUCUGGGGGACUGUGGCAGCAAUGAGGUCAGGCAUUGCAGAAAUGGAAAAAGAAAACCUAGUCAUGAAAAAGGAGUUGACCAGCAUGCGGGCACUCUACUCAGAUGCGAUGGGACGAGUACGCAGCCUCGAGAAUCUCCUUCACAAUGCAGAAUCUGCCAAUGAGUCACUCCAGAGGAAGCUAGAGGACCAAGCAUUCUUGAGGGAUGAGUGUGAAGCAGUGAAAGAGGAGAGGGACAUGGCCAAGGUACAAAGCCAGAUUGAAAAACAGAGAAUGAAAACAAAACUGAGGACAAAGUUGGAACAGGAAAAAAUGAAACUGAAAUCCACCCUUAACACUGAACUCCAUCAUCAAAAGUCCAAGAUCUACCAGAGUCAAGUGAAGGCCCUUAAGCAGGCCCUCUUUAGUAACAAGCAGACUGUUCCCACCGCCCCUCUUCAGCCUUCCACCACUUCCUCCUCUGACACUGAUCUUACUGCCAUUCCUGACAAGACCCCCAUCAAGGCCUCCACUUCUGACCCAAAACUCAAUAUGACCCCAGCAUCUCACAGGACACCAGCAGUUGUGAACUUGUGACACAGGCGUUCUCGGUCACAAGGAUCUGAUGUAUGGAUUGACCAUCAGCCCACUCAGGGUGAAGUCUUACCUACAGCUGGUGUUGGAGCACAAGUAGUUCUCAGAGAUGUUGAAAUUCUACACCAGCGUGAUCCUCUUCACCAUCAGUCCACCCCAAACUGCAAGCGU